AUGGCGAAAUCCGCGUCUUCCCUAUUGCAGAAGCUGAAGGGCUUCAUCAAGAAGCCAUGGGAGAUAACAGGACCCGUUUCCCAUCCGGAGUACAAAUCAGCAUUACCAGGUGCACUUGAGUACCGUGUUCAUUGCCCGGCCACCGUAAAGGAAAGGGCUAUUAUCCCAACUUCACUUCCCGAAACCGUGUACGACAUCAAAUACUAUACUCGUGAUCAACGCCGUAACCGUCCGCCCUCUAUCCGCACUAUCUACAAGAAAGCUGAUAUCGAGAAACUCAGGCAGGAGGCUACCUAUGACGUCGCUGAUUUUCCCCCAAUUUAUCCUAAUAUUGCCGUCGAGGAGGAUUACGAUGCUCGCGGCGGUGGAUACCAAUCAUAG